UCUGCUGCAGCUGCAGCUGCUGCUGCUGCUUGGUUGUGUGAGAGAGAGGGAGGGAGGGAGAUGUGAUUGAGCUUGGCGGUGAGCGAGAAAGGGAGGCCACGUUUGGAGGAUGGGGUUAAUGGCGAGAGCGACUGGAGGAAGAAGAAGAGGAAGGUGUUGUUAGGUCUCUCGCUCUGUCGUCGCUGCUGCUACAAAAGCUGGAGGAGGAAGACGAUCGUGGAGCUGAGUAGCGAGCGAGCUCGGCUUGCAUGGGAGGAGGAGAUUUCGGCGUUUACUGACAUGGAAUCGAGGAGAUUGGAGCAGUUAGUGUUUCUGGUCUGCUGCUUUGCAGCGAUCACAUGCAGUUUGCAUGUACAAGCCCAGGGCCAAACCACUCAACACCACCUCAAAAGCUCACCCCACAAUGGAGCAGUGGGCCGAAUUUUGUCGGAGAUGGCAAACAGAUCGGAUAGCUCUCUUUCGAGACGAACACGAAGAACUGAUCCUCUCAAUAGCUUGAGGAAGUAUGAGGGAGGAUAUAAUAUCACAAACAAACAUUACUGGAGUUCGACAAUUUUUACAGGUAGCCCUGGAUACGUUAUUGCAGCAUUAUGGCUUAUUGGUGGUAUUGUUUUUGUGGGAGCUUUCAUCAUCUCAAAGAUUUUCUUUGCGAAAAGGAACGAGGGAUACGGCGAUAUAAAUUAUUUCCUCGCAAGAUUUCACAUUUGUUCUAUGAUAGUUUUCAUCCUCCUUACAGUUUUUGUCAUAGUUGCAUCAGCAAUCACACUUCGCGGUGCCGUGAGAUUUCAUUCAAGAGCAGAAUCUGUCAAAGAGAUCAUUGGCAGGACUGCACUUGAGGCGACGGCGACGAUUUACAACAUAACAGAAGCCAUUGAGAAGAUGCAGAACACAUCAAAGCUAUACAACAAUAACAGCAAAGCUUUUGAUCAUCUGAACUCAACAGUACUGGCCCUCAACUCUGAAGCAGUGGAGAUUCAGUCAAAGGCAGAGAAGAACAUGAGUUUAGUCAGCAAAGGGAUCAAUAUACUAGAAGCUGUGACCAUCUUAACUGUGACCCUGAAUCUUGUCGCAGUUCUUGCGUUGCUGGUUGUGAAACCUCUAAGGCUACAAAAAUUGUGCAACAUAUGCAUAGCCAUCUGCUGGAUUCUGACAGCCCUUACCUGGAUGUACUUCGGCCUGUACUACUUCCUCGACGAGUUCGCCGGCGACACGUGCGCCGCCCUGGAGGAGUACCAGCUGGACCCCAAGAACAGCACGCUGGGCAGCAUCAUACCCUGCAGCGGGAAGCUCUCCGGCAAUGUGAUCCUGCACGACGUCGGUGCAGGCAUCCAUGACAUCAUUGAUCAGGUGAAUUCGAACAUCUACACGAUAAAGUCGGAGUACGGGGUGAAGCAGCUGGACUAUAUCUGCAACCCGUUCACCGGGCCGCCGGAGUUCCGGUACCGGCCGGAGAAUUGCCCCUCCGGCGCCGCCACCAUCGGCGACAUUCCUCAGAUCCUGAGGAGGCUGACGUGCUCGGACCUGGGCGGCGGCCCGCACUGCGCGGCGGCGGACCUCUCGUCGGCGAUCGACUACGACAAGGUGGAGACGUACACGAGCUCCGUCCAGAAGGUGCUGGACAUCUUCCCGGGCACGGAGCGGCUGGUGAGCUGCGAGCUGGUCAGGUCCGGGUUCGCCGACAUCGUCGGCAACCAGUGCGCGCCGCUGGCGCGCGGCGCGCGCGCGGCGUGGGCCGCGCUGGCGGCGCUCUCCGCCGCGGCGACGGCGCUGCUCGCGCUCGCCUCCGCCGCCGCCGCCGGCGGCGCACCGCGCCACGCCGGCGACGACCGCCACUCGGUGCGGCACCUGACGUCGUCGUCCAACUCGGAGAUAUCGGAGGCGGACUUCGCCGAGAUGCACGCCAAGAAAGUGCGGGUCCUCGGCCGGAUCGACCCCCCACCGGCGUGAGCUCUGUGCAUCGAUCGAACUCCUCUUUCUUGCGCUGUUUCUUGGCCGAUUUUGGAGGAUCCAUUCAUGCCGCUCGAUCGCCGCCGCCGGCGGUAGAGAGUGAUCCAGGAGAGAUCAUCCACCGCCGUCCCGGCAGGCCGGCCGGCUUCGCGCCAUUGACGCGGAAAAAAAGGUUUGUUUUUUUUUUUUUUGGUUUAGCUUCGUGAGAUGGUCUGGAGAAUCCAGCCAUCCGCCCGCCAUGGAUGAAUUCUGAUUUUGAUGAGAAAGAAACGAUUAAAAUUUAGGACAGUAGGGAAGGGAGAGAAAAAGGAUUAAAAUUUGUACAUAAGCUGCAAAUGCAAAAAGAUACGAAAUUAAUUAAUAUACAAUGCAUUCUUUUGAUCAACCUAGCGUCUUGAUUUUGGAUGAGGUUUGAGUUUUAAGAGCGAAAUCUUUUAUUAUUUUUCAACCAAUCUGUAACUUUAAUGGAUUGGGUAAAUAAAAAGUGAGCCA